AGAAGGUUUACCUACAGUUUAUGUAUUUACAAGCAAAGUGUAUUGAUUUUUAUAAUCUUAAAAAAUCAAAAUUCAAAGUAAAAGACAAUUAAAUAAUUUGAGAUGGAUAAAGAAAAAAUGGAACAAAGUUCUGACGAAAAUUCAGAUGAACCAAUGGAUGAAGAGAUGAACGAUAGCGAUAAUAAUUCCGAGAAAGACACAAUUGAUGAUGAUACAGACGUAUGCUCACAAAAAUCAACACAAGACAAUGAAAUAUUAACAUUCGAUUCCUCCGCUUAUCGUAUGUUUCAUCGCGCUCAAACUGGAGCACCUUGUCUAAGCUUUGAUGUAAUAAUUGAUGAUCUAGGAUUAUGUAGAGAAACUUAUCCUUUGUCAAUGUAUUUAGUCUCAGGAACUCAAGCAGCUAAAGCACACCUUAAUAAUUUAAUAAUAAUGAAAAUGACCAAUCUGACAGAAAUAGAGAAAGAAGGAAGCAGUGAUGAAGAAUCUAGUGAGUCUGAAAGUGAAGAUGAUAAUACUAAAGACCCGAAAAUGAAUGUAAUUUCUAUUCAGCAUCACGGAUGUGUUAAUAGAAUACGUUGUACAAAAGUAAAUAAUGUACCUCUUGUUGCAAGCUGGAGUGAAUUGGGUAGAGUUAAUAUAUGGAAUAUCGACAAUCAAAUGAAAUCAUUAGAAGAUUCUAAUGUUUCAAUGCCACAUAAUAGAAAGAAUAAAUAUAGAUCAGAAAAUUCAAAACCACUAUUUACAUUCAAAGGUCAUUUAACGGAAGGAUACGGGUUAGAUUGGUGUACUGUAGAAUCUGGCGUUCUUGCAUCAGGUGAUUGCAAUGGUAAUAUUCACUUAUGGCGCUACAAUGAAGGCUCUUGGCAUGUAGAUCAAAAAGCUUAUAAUUCACAUGCUCCUCAUAGUGUAGAAGAUCUUCAAUGGUCACCAAAUGAAAAAAAUGUUUUAGCUUCCUGUUCAGCUGACAAAUGUAUAAAAAUCUGGGACAUGAGAGUAAAUCCCCAGUCAGCGUGUAUGUUAACUGCAGAAAAUACUCAUGAAAGUGAUGUAAAUGUAAUAUCAUGGAACAAAAAGGAAAGUUGCUUUAUUGUAUCUGGUGGAGACGACGGUGCUAUUAAAAUAUGGGAUCUUCGACAAUUUGGUUCUGGAACUAGUAAUGCUAUUGCAACAUUUAAACAACAUACGGCUCCAGUCACAACAGUCGAGUGGCAUCCUGAUGAUUCGACCGUUUUUGCAUCUGGUGGAGCAGACGAUCAAAUUAUUCAAUGGGAUCUUUCAAUUGAAGUUGAUGAUUCUGAAACCAUUGAUCAAGAAUUCAAAAAAUUACCACCUCAAUUAUUAUUUAUUCAUCAAGGGCAGUCUGAUAUCAAAGAACUUCACUGGCAUCCUCAGUGUCCGGGUACAAUCAUUUCUACAGCUCAUUCUGGUUUUAAUAUAUUUCGUACCAUUAGUGUAUAAACUAAAUAAAGAAAAUAUUUUCAAAAAA